AUGGGAAAUAACGAGCCUGUGUGUUUGAUUACCGAUCAAGACCCUGCAAUGAAAGUUGUUGUUCGUAAUGUUUUUCAAACUACAAAUCAUAGGUUUUGUAUGUGGCAUAUUAUGAAAAAGGUGCCUGAAAAAGUAGGUCGGGCAAUUGCCCAAGACACUGAUUUUUUGAAAAAAUUGUGUUCAUGUGUUUGGCAUUUAGAGAUUGAGCCGGCAGAAUUUGAAGAAAAGUGGAACAAAGUUAUUUCAGAAUUCCAUUUGAACGAUCAUGAAUGGUUGGCAUACAUGUACAACAUACGUGAUAUGUGGAUUCCAGCGUUGGAAUGUGCAUUGGAUGCUCAAAGGCACACUCAAAAUAAAAUGGAUAAUGAUUCGAAGAAUAAGCGUCCGGAGUGUAAGACUCCAAUUCCUUUAGAGAAAGAUGCUUCUGAAUUGUUUACAACAACAAUUUUCUAUGAAUUUCAAUAUGAGCUUGAAAUUGGAUGUUUUAAUUGUGGUGUUGAGGAGAUGAAGAAGGACAAUGAGCUUUACAUUUUCAAUUUGAGGGAAGGAACUAGGAGGAGGACUUUUGAUGUUGUUUUUGAUCCAACUACCUUUGAUACCAAGUGUUUUUGUAAAAAAUUUGAACGUGAUGGUGUGCCUUGUAGGCAUAUGAUUUGGGUGUGGAAGGCAAGGAUGUUAGAAAAAAUUCCCAAGGCCUACGUUCUAAAUAGAUGGUGUACAAUGGCUUAUAAGAAGCCCAUUUUUUAUUUAGAGGGUAAUGUGUUGGAGGAAUGUAUUAAUGCAGUAGAUAAGAAAAUGCUAUUAAAUGAUUUGUGGUCUGAAAUUCAUGCUUGUGUGAGUUUAGUGCAAAACAAUGAAGAUGAUCUUAGUGAUCUUGUCAAAAAACUUCGAGCCAUGAGGGUAGAUUUGGAACAGAAGAAAACAAAUGGAAGCAACAAUCUUUCGAGCAAAGUUAAAGACAUUGAAAUGCUUAUUGGAGCUAGUCUACCUUCUAAUGUUUUAAUCAAACCUCCUAAAAUUUCGAAGAACAAAGGCACGGGGGUUCAUGUUCCAAAUCAGGUCAAUGUUCCAAAUGAUGUCCAUGUUCCAAAUCAGGUUCAUGUUCCAAAUCAGGUCAAUGUUCAAAAUGAUGUCCAUGUUCUAAAUGAGGUUCAUGUUCCAAAUAGUGACAAAAGAAUGAAGAGUGACAGAGAAAAGUCUAUUGAACAAAGUCAAAAGAAGAAGAGAUUAUGUAGAGCAUGUGGGGAGCUUGGUUAUCAUGAUAGUCGUAAUUGCCCCGGAAAAGUCAAGUGA